AUGACUGGCUCAACUCCUGUUAAACAACAACAAUGGGCUGACGGUCCUUUCCCAUUGAUCGAGACACCGAAGCAUAAGCAAGGACCGACUAAUAAUACUGACCCGUACAUGGAGACUGCAAGCACUAUGUGUGUGGUACACAACACGCUCCUCCGUGGCCUCAACAGUAUAUAUGUCCAAGGACCACACAUUAAACCUGAGGAUUAUAAGGACUUUAUUGGGUACAGUCUGUGUUGGCACUCUACAUUACAUGAACACCAUACCAGCGAGGAAGAGCAGUUUUUCCCGGAGAUUGAGGAAGCGGUUGGCGAGAAGGGGUUACUUGAUGGAAGUGUCGAAGAACAUAACUCCUUUCAAGCAGGAUUGGAUGAGUUCAGUAGCUACCUCGAAAGCCUAGCAGGGAAGGAAUCGAAAUUUGACGCCACACAUCUCAACAAGAUCAUCGACUCAUUCGUACCAGCGCUCAAUAACCAUCUCAAAUCGGAGAUUCAAUGUCUACUGGCUCUCGCUCAAUACAGAGAAAAGCUUCCCAUAGCGCGCCUUUGGGAUAGAGAAGGAUUCCGGAGUGUGACAUCAAUGACCAAGUUCGGCGCUCUUCCAUUCUUCUUCCUCAAUCUCGAUCUUACCGCCGAAGGUGGUUUGUACAAGGAUUGGCCAGCUAUUCCUGCUCCAGUAAAAUGGGCCAUUACUCAUGUCACAACUAUACCACACCAAGGGUACUGGAAAUUUGCUAGCUGUGAUAGAAAUGGCGUACCGAAGCCUCUCUAUGCGCCGGGAUAG